ACAGGGAGAGAAAAGACCCAACAGGAAGAAAAAGAAGUUCAGAGAAAGGAUUUGCAAGUUGCAAGGGGUAGAAAAACCAAACAACAGCAACAAACAAUGCCCUGACCCGGAAUGAGCGGGCCGGAUCCUGCUUGCAAAAAGCACCAAAACCUGCACGUUUGCAAAGCUGCUCUACUCCCGGUCGCUCCUCCUCUGCAGCAACAACAAAAAAACUUUUCGAGAAAGUGAGUUUUCCCCCCUUAAAAAGUUUGCAUCCGCUUCGUUUGGCUUGUAAACCGUCUGAAAUGCAACCAAAACAGUGUGAAAUAAUCUGGCAAGUUUAUAGAUCUGUUACACAUCAAGCCAGGCAAAAAUUAAUUCAAUCUGAAUUAAAAAAAAUUGGGUGGUUUGAUGGCAACGACUGGCAACUUUCCUAUAUCUGAGUUCUGUGUUUUUGUUUAAUUUUUGGGUGGGUUUAGUUGUGUCCGUUUCAGUCCUUUGGGUCCAGGAUGGUUUGUAAAUACUUUAAGUAACAAUAACCCUGUCUACUCCUAAGUAAACAAGCCACAAAAACCCAGAAUUCACUGCUUGCUUUUUUUAAAAGGCUUGCAAAGCAUUGCAGUUCAGUUCUGACUUCAAUUACUGGGAGUAAGCCCUUGAAUUCAGUAAGGCUUACUUCUGAGUAGACGGGGUUAGACUUCCACCCGAAGGCUGCAACUGUAGGCACAUAUUGGAGGUGGGAAUCAUUGGGAGUAAACAUGCGUGGGUUUGCCUUGUGAAAAAGCACGCCCGGAAUUUGGAAUUAUGCUCGCAAAACCAUUGAUAGCUGCAAAUAUCUCUUAAUUUCUCAAAUGCCUGGGGAACAUUUAUUGUUGUUUUGUUAAAAAAAUAAAAUAGACUGAGUCCUGUUCUCCGAAAGAAAAUCUGCAGACGGCAACCAAAUUGUGCCAUUUCCUUUUCUGAAAUCAUUACCUGUCAGUUACGUUGUCCUUGCUUUUUUAGCCACCUUUCCCAAAUUUAAUUGAAUUUAAUUGAUUCGACCACCAUAGCAAAACCUCUGAGUGCUUUUACGAGAAGGGUUGAAACGACCUGCGAAGGAUGAGUUCAAAAACAUUUGGAAACAUUUUUCUAAAAAAAAUAAAAGAAGGCAAAAACCCCAAAAUCGGCAGUAAAGUAAAAAGUAAAAACACCUGAACAUGUCUGGGCAGUUUUGCCUGAACAGAAACAUUCUGAGCCGAUUAUCUUAGCGUAUAUCGGUGCCUGAAGCACGUUGCAGUUCUUCAAAAUUCAGUAAAUUGUAAUAUUUUGGCUACUGUGAGAACAAAAUACUAGACUAGAUUUGUUUAAUGCAUUUAUACCACACCUUUUCUUCUUAAACCACAGAACCUAGGACUUGCCGAUCAGAAGGUCGGCGGUUCGAAUCCCCGCAAUGACGGGGUGAGCUCCCGUUGCUCAGUCCUUGCGCCUGCCAACCUAGCAGUUCGAAAGCACGUCAAAGUGCAAGUAGAUAAAUAGGUACCGCUCUGGCGGGAAGGUAAACGGCGUUUCCGUGCGCUGCUCUGGUUCGCCAGAAGCGGCUUGGUCCUGCUGGCCACAUGACCCGGAAGCUGUACUCCCUCGGCCAGUAAAACGAGAUGAGCGCCGCAACCCCAGAGUCGGCCACGACUGGACCUCAUGGUCAGGGGUCCCUUUACCUUUACCUUUCUUCUUAAAACGGUGUGAAUUUCUCUUCCCAGAUCCUGGGCCCAUUUAAAUCCCGACAACAACCCUUUGAGGCAGGUUGGGCUUUGAACAUCCAGCCCCCCCCCCCCCAAGCAGUGCUAGAAUCUCAGAUACAGUGGUCCCUUGGUUCUCAAACUUAAUCUGUUCAGGAAAUUCCGUUCCGAAACCAAAGCGUUCCAAAACCAAGGCGCGUUUUCCCAUAGAAAGCAAUGCAGAACGGAUGAAUGCGCUCCGGACUUUUAAAAACAACCCCUAAAACAGCAAUAUGACAUGAAUUUUACUAUCUAGCGAGACCAUCGACCCGUAAAAUGAAAGCAAUGAACAAUGUACUGCAGUCACACAAUCAAUCCGUCAGUAGCUGAAUUGGGUCCCGCACAGUCAUACACACAAAAAAGAGCCGCAAAAACGCAAAAUAAAUAGCAAAAACAGAGAGAUCUCAGUGUAGCACUCAAAACGGAAGCGUAACACUCAAAACAGAGCACGUUCGGCUUCCGGAAAAGGUUUGCAAACCGGAGCAUUCCUUCCGGGUUUGCAGCGUUGGGGUUCCAAGUUGUUUGGGAACCAAGGCGUUUGAGAACCAAGGGACCACCGUAUAACAAAAAUACAAAACCGUGUGAGUGUCCGCAAGUCUGUUCCAUGCAUCCCUUUCCACAUUCCAAUCUGCAACAUCUGUAUUAUUAUUAUUUUUAAACGCUGUUCUACAUUUAGGGUAAACACUAGAAAUUAAUAAAUGCUAGGGUUUGGGUUAUUUGUGAUGCAGAAGGAGAAUGCAGGCUGCAAAUUAAUUCCUAGGGUUAGUGAAGAGGAAACAUAACCAUUUUUGUACAUUUUUGCUCAUUUUACCGGGGUAACCUGCGGGAUUUCUAGCACAGACCCCCAAGGAACUUCACGGCGAGGUGGGUGGUGGGAUUUGAAUUCGGGUCUCCCCGGAGCCCGGUCUUGUAUGCUCUCUUUUGUUUUCAAGUGUAGGGCUAUUCAUUGCCCCAUCAUGACCGACAGCGAGAUGGACUUCAAGUCGGAGGCGAAUUCGGUGACCGACCCCCCAGAGACCCUCUCCAUGGAGUUAGAGGAGCGCAUGGCGACAGACCCAGAUGCCUGCGGAAAACCUGGAACAGAUGCUUCUUCCGUCUGGGAACAGCCCGGUCCCUCUCCCGGCCGUCUGCAAGCCCCCGUUCCAAAAGGAGAAUCCGUGAUCUCCGAAUCGGCGGCGCCCGAGACCCAGAGCAGCUCAGAUAUUGCCGAACGAUCCGAUUGGCUUUUGAAUCCGCCGGAUUCCAGCCCCCAAGGUUACAAGCAAGCGGUCAGCCAGGGCUGCAGGUAAAACCCGUUUUUAAACUUCAUACAAGUCGCCGCCGCAAAGCAGGGAUCGGGAUUGCCGUUCCUGUUUCACUGAAAUGGUGCACUGGGGGGGGGUCGGUCCUGGCGCGAAACACGGCCCCCCGGGAUGGUUGAAGUGGGGCAGACCGCCACGGCACAGGACUCCUGGGCCCCCAAAUGCUGCCAGACAAGGUUCAAGGUUCUCGUAUUGUCCCAUACGAGCCUGCCUGGGUUUUGAGAUCUUUGGAGACGCCCCUCUCUCGGUUCCACUUGGCGGGGACAGAGAACAGGGCCUUCUCGGUGUUGGCUCCUCCCAGGCAACUUUGGGAUCUUUGGAGAGGCCCCUCUCUCGGUUCCGCUUGGUGGGGAUGGAGAACAGGGCCUUCUCAGUGUUGGCUCCUCCCAGGCAACUUUGGGUCUCCCUGCCUAGGGAAACCAGGCUGGCUCCCUCCUCGUCCCUUCCAGUGGCAGCUGAAAACCUUCCUGUUCCACCAACAGGCUCUUGGGAACCGAUGUGUGAUAUAAGGAUUCAAAGGGAUUUAACGGUCUAAACCACAGAGCCUAGGACAGAGCCGAUCAGAAGGUCGGCGGUUCGAAUCCCCGCCAUGGGGUGAGCUCCCGUUGCUCGGUCCCUGCUCCUGCCAACCUAGCAGUUCGAAAGCACCUCAAAGUGCAAGUAGAUAAAUAGGUACCGCUCCGGCGGGAAGGUAAACGGCGUUUCCGUGCGCUGCUCUGGUUCGCCAGAAGCGGCUUAGUCAUGCUGGCCACAUGACCCGGAAGCUGUACGCCGGCUCCCUCGGCCAGUAAAGCGAGAUGAGCGCCGCAACCCCAGAGUCGGUCACAACUGGACCUAAUGGUCCUAAUGGACCUAAAGGUAAUGGGGUUCCUUUACCUUUACAACUGAAAUUCCAAGAUGUAUCUGGGAUCCGUCCAUCAGAAACAAAAUCAGUAUAUAUCUCCGGGGCAACCCAUGUCGGAAGCAGGGCCAGAUUUAGGUUUGAUGAGGCCCUCAGCUACUGAAGGUAAUGGGGCCCUUUAUAUGUCCAGCUGUCCUUUGUCAACAACAAAAUGUCGCUGUUUUUUGUGUGUUGAAUAUGUGCUAUAUGGCCAUUUAUGGACCUAAUAGGUAUCUCAAGCCAUUUGCCCAUGUGGCCAUGCAACCAGUCCAUGCAGAAUGUAGGAACCCUAUAUAUAGAAAGGAGCAAACUGGUGAUAUUUUAGGGAGCAGGCUAGCAGGCGGGGCCCAUGACUUACAUCCUAGGAGCCUACGCAACACAAAACACUGUUGCUGUAGGUAGCUUUUAUUUUAUUUGUUUUUUUAUCUUCUAUUUUGGAAAUGUACAUCCAGGUUUUUUCCUUUAAAUUUUUUUGGACGCCCCCAAGAGAGCGGGGCCCUAAGCUACAGCUUGUUUAGCUUAUACGUGAAUCCGGCACUGGUCGGAAGUGUUGAUUUUUUGGCAGAUAGCUAAAAAUCUUCAAUUUUUUGGAGAUUUUGCAAAACAAAGCUCAACAAAGCUUUUGUAAAAAAGCAAGCAACUUUUGUGCCUGCAUUUUCACUUUUUGAAAUAUGGAAACACUUAAUAAUAGUAACAGCAACAACAACAAAUGGCUUUUUUUAAAGGAAACAGCUAGUGCUGUGAUGCUUUCAUUGUAAUUAUCUGCAUGUUUUGAAUCGAUCUUAUAUACAUUUGGGCUCGCCACUUAGACAGGGUUUUGUUUUGGAGGCUCUCAAAAGUUUCAUUCCUGCAGACAUUUCAGAACAGACUGAGAAACGACACCCCUGACUUAUAUAUAUAUAUAUUUAUCUUAUAUAUAUUAUUUAUCACACACACACACACACACAUAUAUAUAUAUCACUUAAACAAUCUUUUUUAGACUUCCAUCAGCAGCUCUGAUGAUCCACCAUUUUAACCACUUCUUUUAUGCAUUUCUUAACUUUAUAUUGCCUUUACAUCUCUUAACAAAUCAUCCUUCCCCUUCUCCAUUUUUGCAAUACUUCCAAUAACACUCCUCACAAAACUUCCUGCAAACCUACAAACGUCGUCUGAUCUUCACAGAUAUCUUGUCAAGUAGUCCGUAAAUUUACUCCAGUCUUCCGUGAAUUUAUGGUCCCGCCGGUUUUGAAUCCUUCCUGUUAGUUUAUCUAGUUCUGCAUAGUCCAUUAACUUCAUCCUCCAUUCUUCAAUUGUCGGUAAUUCUUCUUGCUUCCAUUUUUGGGCCAGUAAUAUUCUUGCUGCUGUUAUUGCAUAUAAAAAGAGCUUACAUUCCUUUCUGUUUAUAUCACUCCCCACAAUGCCCAGACUCCCCUGACUUCUCAGAGGGCUGAACCUUGCUUUUCCUCCAGCAGGGGCUCAAUGGAGGCGUCUCCCGAACCCGUGGCCGGGGACGCCGGCUGGACGCCAGGCCCCCGAGAAGCCUUGGAGGAAAGCGACCUGUCGCCCGCAGACCCGGCUGAGCUUCUCGUAGAAAUGGAAGAUGCGGACGUCGUCCGGGACGAAGAAGAGGACGCCCCGGAUUCCGAUCACCUGCAUCUUCACGGCCUCCUGACCCGCCUGCAGCGACUCAGCCCAAAUUUCGAAGACCGUUCGCCCACGUCCGAAGACGGUCUUCUGCCCGCCUCCGACGGCGAAGAAGGCCGUGUUUCCGAAGGCGAUGGAGACCCUCUCCUGGCGCCCGAAGAGUGCCAGGGGGCCCCUUGCCCGCUCCACAUCGCCACGGGGCACGGCUUGGGGGGCCCGCCGCGCCCACGGAGGGGGCGAGGGUUGCUGUCGGCUGAGGUGGAGAGCGAGGAUCUGCUCAGCCUCCUUCGCUACGAACGGGGGCCGCCUGCCGACGCGGGCGCCGAGACGCCCUUGGCUCGCUCGGACGCAGUGGCCGGGAGCAGCCGCCCCGGGAGAAUGGCCCCCGGGGAAUUGGCCUCCGACAGGGCUCAGGGGGAAGGCCCCCGCCGAUGGAAGGAGCCGCCAAUCUCCUCCUCUGAUUCCGUUUUGGGGGGACCUUCGCCGGAGCCGGGAUGGAGGCGGCCGGUUCCAGGGUCCGCCCGUGAGGAAGAGGCGUCCUGCUCUUCAGACGUGGUGGUAAGGAUCUCGCGAGGGGGCACACCUUGUCCCAGGUUGAAGCACCAAUGCCAGUCACCGUAAUAAUAAUAAUAAUAAUAAUAAUAAUAAUAGAUUAAUGUUAUUGUUUAUACCCUGCCCAUCUGGCUGGAUUUCCCCAGUCACUCUGGGCGGCUCCCAACAGAAAAUUAAAAACAUGAUAAAACGUCAAACGUUAAAAACUUCCCUAAACAGGGCUGCCUCCGGAUGUCUUCUAAAAGUCAAAUAGUUGUUUGUUUCCUUGACAUCUGGUGGGAGGGCGUUCCACAGGGAGGGCACCACCAUCAAGAAGGCCCGCUGCCUGGUUCCCUGUAACCUCGCUUCUCGCAGGGAGGGAACCGGCAGAAGGCCCUCGGCGCUGGACCCCGGUGUUCGGGGUGGAGACGCUCCUUCAGGUAUACUGGGCCGUUUAGGGCUUUCAAGGUCAGCCCCAACACUUUGAAUUGUGCUCAGAAAUGUCCUGGGAGCCAACGUAGGUCUUUCAGGACCGGUGUUAUAUGGUCUAGGCAGCCGCUCCCAGUCCCCAGUCUGGCUGCUUCAUUCUGAAUUAGUUGUAGUUUCCAGGUCACCUUCAAAGGUAGCCCCACGUAGAGCGCAUGGCAGUAGUCCAAGCGGGAGAUAACCAGAGCGUGCACCACUCUGGCGAGACAGUCUGCGGGCAGGGAGGGUCUCAUCCUGCGUACCAGGUGGAGCUGCCCUGGACACAGAAUUGACCUGCACCUCCAUGGAGAGCCGUGAGUCCAAAAUGACUCCCAGGCUGCGCACCUGGUCCUUCAGGGACACAGUCACCCCAUUCAGGACCAGGGAGUCCCCCACACCUGCCCGCCCUCUGUCCCCCCAAAACAGUCCUUCUGUCUUGUCAGGAUUCAACCUCAAUCUGUUAGCCGCCAUCCAGUGGUGUAGACAGAGCAAGGGCCUUUGUUUUCAUUUGACUUUGCUUUUUAUAUGCACGCCGCCUUUCUGCGUUACAAUGCAUGAGGCAGUUUGCAAGCUGACUAAGCAACGUUCGAAGGAGGACGUAACCGACUGCAACCGUUUUGUUUCCCUCUUUGAACAGGAUAAAGCGGAUUUGUCGUCCUUGCCGACUUACAAGGAAGGUGAGCGAAGGAGGUUUUUUGUCCCACUUGUGGAGGAGACUUCUGUGUUGAGGGUCGGGGUAUUUCAACAUGUGGGGCUGUGUCUGGGCAUGCCGGAACCCUACCGAUCUUGUUGUAAAUAAAAAUUUGCCCUUUUCCCUUAUGGGGUAUCCAAGAGCCCAUAUAGAGUCCUUACAUACUGUAUUUUUCGCUCUAUAAGACGCACCAGACCAUAAGUUGCACCUAGUUUUUGGAGGACGAAAACAAGAAAAAAAAUAUUCUGAAUCUCAGAAGCCAGAACAACAAGAGGGAUCGCUGCGCAGCGAAAGCAGCGAUCCCUUUUGCUGUUCUGGCUUCUGGGAUAGCUGCGCAGCCUGCAUUCACUCCAUAAGACGCACACACAUUUCCCCUUACUUUUUAGGAGGGAAAAAGUGAGUCUUAUAGAGCAAAAAAUACGGUAGGUUCCCUAUUGGUAGGAGAAGAUAACAGAGGCCAACCAGAGAAUAUUGAGAAGCAAAGCAGCUUGUAAGCCUGAUCUUUAUUGAUCUGUUGCAACAGGGUGCUCCCCUCACACGCAGGAGAGAGGAGGAACCCAGAAAAAUGUCGCGCAAGGCCUUAUAAAGACUUUUGAAAUUGCCACCCCCAGAAACAUCAAACAUACAUCACAGAAGGGGUGUAACCUAAGACCACCCCUCAGAUACAUCACACCUACGUCACAGAAAAGGCGGUCUACAACAGAAAUUUGAAGGUUGUUUUUCUCCUGUCCUUGUUUAUCUCCUGUCUGGCAGGUUACUUGAUUGGAUUUCCUGGGUAGCCUGGCUAGACUUUUGUAGUGAUAAAUACUUAGUUCCUGGGCCAGGUCACAGGCUCACACCCUAUUCAAACACAGACAUACCCUUAAGACAGGAUUUGUGAGGAAAGAGACAAUGGGAGGUUUCCCACUUUGACCUUGCAGAGAAAACAUUGGCUCAGUUUAGGAAUCAAAAUGGCUUCAGGUCGGUCUUCCUGUGCUGAUCUAUGUAUGUGCGGUUAUGAACAUUGCCAUAUAUCUAAGACCUCAAGAUUCCUAUCACAAUCUCAUACAGAAAAGAGGGGCGUUGCUCUUGUUCCAGCUGCAGAACUUCCCCCAUGUGGACUAGAAACUUGAGGGUUGAGGGAAAGGUUUUGGUUUUUUUGCUUUGUUCCAUUCCACGUUCCGUUAAGAAACGGGCCCUUUCGUCGUUAAAUCCAGUCCCAGGCCCCUGCGAGCCCGAAGAUCUGCUGGACGGCGUGAUCUUCGGGGCCAAGUACCUGGGCUCCACGCAGCUGGUCUCCGAGAGGAACCCCCCCACCCACGUCCGCAUGGCCCAAGCCCAGAAAGCCGUGGACAGGAUCAAGGUGAGAUCCUGGAGGAGCGGGCAGCUGCUGCAACCUCUGUCCCCAGAGAUGUGUUGCCUUAGAGGCAGCUUUGGUCCAGUCCAGCAAAGGAUCCUUUAGCAUUCCUAAUUCCACCCAAGCGGAGCCUCCAGGUACAGGCGCAGUCUAUCUCUCUCGGCGCCUGCUGGCAGGGACAGAGUGGAAGAGGUUUGUGGACUUUCUGUUGGGUCACUCUGGCUGUUCACCUCUGGAAGCAGGAUGUGGGGCUAAAGGGGUCUGUGGUCCGGUCCAUGUUGCUCCCUCUGCUGGCCAUCACUUGCCACAUGUUAUUCCAUUUGCCGGCCAUCACUUGCCCCGUGUUGCUCCCUCUGCCGGCCAUCACUUGCCCCACUUAGCUUAAUCUCCCAGCCAUCACUUGCCCCACUUCGCUUAAUCCCCUAGCCAUCACUUGCCCCAUGUUGCUCCUUCUGCCAGCUAUCACUUACCCCACUUUGCUUAAUCUCCCAGCCAUCACUUGCCCCAUGUUGCUCCCUCUGCUGGCCAUCACUUGCCCCAUGUUGCUCCCUCUGCUGGCCAUCACUUGCCCCAUGUUAUUACAUUUGCUGACUAUCGCUUGCCCCGUGUUGCUCCCUCUGCCGGCCAUCACUUGCCCCACUUUGCUUAAUCUCCCAGCCAUCACUUGCCCCAUGUCUCUCCAUCUCCCAGCCAUCACUUGCCCCAUGUUGCUCCUUCUGCCAGCUAUCACUUGCCCCACUUUGCUUAAUCUCUCAGCCAUCACUUGCCCCAUUUUGCUCCCUCUGCUGGCCAUCACUUGCCCAACUGCACUUAAUUUCCCAGCCAUCACUUGCCCCAUGUUGCUCCUUCUGCCAGCUAUCACUUGCCCCACUUUGCUUAAUUUCCCAGCCAUCACUCGCCCCACUUCGCUUAAUUUCCCAGGCAUCACUUGCCCCACUUUGCUUAAUCUCCCAGCCAUCACUUGCCCCAUGUCUCUCCAUCUCCCAGCCAUCACUUGCCCCAUGUUGCUCCUUCUGCCAGCUAUCACUUGCCCCACUUUGCUUAAUCUCUCAGCCAUCACUUGCCCCAUUUUGCUCCCUCUGCUGGCCAUCACUUGCCCAACUGCACUUAAUUUCCCAGCCAUCACUUGCCCCAUGUUGCUCCUUCUGUCAGCUAUCACUUGCCCCACUUUGCUUAAUUUCCCAGCCAUCACUCACCCCACUUCGCUUAAUUUCCCAGGCAUCACUUGCCCCACUUUGCUUAAUCUUCCAGCCAUCACUUGCCCCACUUUGCUUAAUCUCCCAGCCAUCACUUGCCCCAUGUCUCUCCAUCUCCCAGCCAUCACUUGCCCCAUGUCUCUCCAUCUCCCAGCCAUCACUUGCCCCAUACUGCUCCCUCUGCCAGCCAUCACUUGCCCCAUGUCUCCAUUUCCCGACCACCCCGUCUCUCUAUUUCCCGGCCAUCGCUUGCCUCAAGAUGCCUGCCUUUGCGUUACAGGCCCCCGAAGGAGAAUCGCAGCCCAUGACGGAGGUGGACCUCUUCAUCUCCACGCAGAGGAUCAAGGUCCUGACGGCCGACUCCCAGGUGCGUCCCUUGCGGGCUUCCGGGUAGCCUAGCGGCAGAGGCCGAAGCAGGGCUCGAGUUCGAGGAUUCACCAGGAAUUUCCGAGUGCCAAAAACAACUUGGCCAAAGCCCGGCUCCUAUUCCUUGUGACUUCUCUCCUUCCUUUCCGUCUCUCUGUUCCCAGGAGGCGAUGAUGGAUCAUCUCCUGCAAACUAUCUCCUACAUCGCUGACAUUGGGAACAUCGUGGUUCUCAUGGCCCGCCGGAAACUUCCUCGCCGGGCCGACGCCUCUGCCGAAAAGCAACUCUACAAGAUGAUCUGCCACGUCUUCCACUCGGCGGAUGUGAGCCUGGGGAAAUUGGGGGCCGGGGGAGAACCUCGGGGGCCGUAUAUGUGUGUGAGGUCCCGUGUAGAAAUGGAAAGGAGAAUAAUAAUAAUAAUAAUAAUAAUAAUAAUAAUAAUAAUUUAUUAUUUAUACCCCGCCCAUCUGGCUGAGUUUCCCCAGCCACUCUGGGCGGCUCCCAAUCAAGUGUUAAAAACAAUACAGCAUUAAAUAUUAAAAACUUCCCUAAACAGGGCUGCCUUCAGAUGUCUUCUGAAUGUCAGGUAAUUCUUUAUCUCUUUGACAUCUGAUGGGAGGGCGUUCCACAGGGCAGGUGCCACCACUGAGAAGGCCCUCUGCCUGCUUCCCUGUAAACUCGCUUCUCGCAAUGAGGGAACCGCCAGAAGACCCUCAGAGCUGGACCUCAGUGUCCGGGCUGAACGAUGGGGGUGGAGACGCUCCUUCAGGUAUACUGGACCCGAGGCUGUUUAGGGAUUUAAAGUUCAGCACCAACACUUUGAAUUGUGCUUGGAAACGUACUGGGAGCCAAUGCAGAUCUCUCAGAACCGGUGUUAUGUGGUCCCGGCGGCCGCUCCCAGUCACCAGUCUGGCUGCCGCAUUCUGGAUUAAUUGCAGUUUCCAGGUCACCUUCCAAGGCAGCCCCACGUAGAGCGCAUGGCAGUAGUCCAAGCAGGAGAUAACCAGAGCAUGCACCACUCUGGCCAGACAGUCCGCGGGCAGGGAGGGUCUCAUCCUGCGUACCAGAUGGAGCUGCCCUGGACACAGAACUGACCUGCGCCUCCAUGGACAGCUGUGAGUCCAGAAUGACUCCCAGGCUGCGCACUUGGUCCUUCAGGGGCACAGUGACCCCAUUCAGGACCAGGGAGUCCCCCACACCUGCCCGUCUCCUGUCCCCCCAAAACAGUACUUCUGUCUUGUCAGGAUUCAGCCUCAAUCUGUUAGCCGCCAUCCAUCCUCCAGCCGCCUCCAGGCACUCACACAGGACCUUCACCGCCUUCACUGGUUUUGCUUUAAAGGAGAGGUAGAAUGCAGAGAGCUAUGUUUUGAAAUCAAGUUUCUAGACCAUAUGACAAGUGAUAAAUAGUAAGUGGAAUAUAGCAACAGGGUGGAUUUGAUUGACAUCAAAUCAAUUUAAAUCGCUGGUCGGUAAGACUUGAUUCAAAUCUCCCCCCCCCCCCGAUAGACUCGUUCUUGUUGGUCUUAUCUUAAUAUUGACAACAAGAGGAAGGUUUCAGUUUUUUUGAAUAAUGAAUUUUCAGAGCAGUUUUUACAGCAAUAUAAAAAACGACUGAUUUGGUUUUACUGUCAGAAAUACAUAGAUAAUGAUGAAAUGAUUGUGAGGUUUAGUAAGUUAACUGUUUAUAUCUGGGCAACUUUUCUGCUGUACUUUAUUGGAGGGAGAAAAACAAUCAUUCCCUUAAUGACAAUUUAAACAAUUUAUUUAACUAAAACAAUGACAUUAUAGCGUAUGUAUCCAUGUUUGUUAACUGAUGUGGUUAAACAAUUUUAUUUUAUUAAAAAACAGACUGAGUUUUAGAACACGUGAAAAACUUAACGCCAAUCCUUUUUUCCUGAUGAAUAGCCUUUGGACUAUAAUGUAACUGAAAUAGAAAAUCUUUAGAAAGAUUCCCCCCCCCCCAAAAAAAAAAGUAUUUUAUUUUAAAAAUGCGGUUUAAAUAAAAAAUCCCAUUUACAUUUAAAAAAAUCAGAUUUUUAAAUUUUAUUUUUUAAAAUUCAAAUUGUAUUUUUUUAUUAUUAUUUUUUAAAUCAAAUAAAAAAAUCUGAUUUAAAAAAAAUCAUUGAUUUUUAUCUGCUCUGUGUAACGAUAAUAAUUGUAGUCGCAACCAUGCUGAUGGUGAUGUUAUUAUUGUUGAUGGCUCAGUCAGUAGAGCAUCUUAACCCCCGGGUCCUGGGUUCAAGUUCUGCGCCGGAAACUCGCCUUCUCCUUCCGCAGGCUCCCUUGAUAGCCCAAGCUAUCGGCCAAGCUUUCAGCGUCGCGUACCAGCAGUUCCUGAGGGCCAGCGGCAUCGACCCCGACCAACUCCAUCCCCGGCGGUGCGGUGACGACGAGGGCGACGAAAGCUUCGUCCCGGGGGAAGAGCUAUACAACGGUGAUUUGGCGCACUUCUCCAAGCAAGAGAACUGUAAGGAAGUAAGGACGGAUCUUUCCCCUCCUCUCCCCAGAGGUGGGUGGGCGGAGACCUCACCUGCAAUGUAGGGGAUUGGUCAAGAUAAAUAAUAAUAAUAAUUUAUUAUUAGUACCCCGCCCAUCUGGCUGGGUUUCCCCAGCCACUCUGGGCGGCUUCCACAAAUACCAAAAAUACACUAAGAUGUCACACAUUCAAAACUUCCCUGAACAGGGCUGCCUUCAGAUGUCUUCUGAAUGUCAGGUAGUUGUUUAUCUUCUUCUGGUGGGAGGGCGUUCCAUAGGGAGGGCGCCACCACCGAGAAGGCCUUCUGCCUGGUUCCCUGUAACUUGGCUUCUCGCAGGGAGGGAACCGCCAGAAGACCCUUGGAGCUGGACCUCUGUGUCCGGGCAGAACGAUGGGGGUGGAGACGCUCCUUCAGAUAUACUGGGCCAAGGCCGUUUAGGGCUUUCAAGGUCAGCACCAACCCUUUGAAUUGUGCUCGGAAAUGUCCUGGGAGCCAAUGUAGGUCUUUCAGGACCGGUGUUAUGUGGUCUCGGUGGCUGCCCCCAAGUCCCCAUUCCAGCGGCCAUAUUUUGGAUUAGUUGCAGUUUCCGGGUCACCUUCAAAGGCAGCCCCACGGAGAGUGCAUGGCAGUAGUCCAAGCAGGAGAUAACCAGAGCAUGCACCACUCUGGCCAGACAGUCUGCGGGCAAGGAGGGUCUCAUCCUGCGUACCAGAUGGAGCUGCCCUGGACACAGAAUUAACCUGCGCCUCCAUGGACAGCUGUGGGUCCAAAAUGACUCCCAGGCUGCGCACCUUGUCCUUCAGGGGCAGAGUUACCCCAUUCAGGACCAGGGAGUCCUCCACACCUGCCCGCCCCCUGUCCCCCAAAAAGCCACCUUAGUUACUCACCCCAUCACGGGGAUUUGAACUGCCGACCUUCUGAUCGGCAAGUCCUAGGCUCUGUGGUUUAACCCACAGCGAAGAUCAUUUAGGCGUUGACAAAUUAGACUGCUUGCUUGACUAAAACCCAAAGUGAGUCGCUGUUGUGGGGAUAAACCACAAGAGGGAAGUUUUGGAUAGACACACUGAAAGAUCACACCAGUUCCUACAGACGUGGCGCCACACUUAUUCCUGCCCUGUGUUUCCCUUUCAGGUCAUCAUCCACAAGCAGAAGGGGGAGAUCCUGGGCAUCGUGAUCGUGGAGUCGGGCUGGGGCUCCAUCCUGCCCACCGUGGUGGUGGCUAACCUCAUGCACAAAGGUGCAGCGGAGCGGUCAGGGAAGCUGAGUAUCGGGGACCGCAUCAUGUCAGCCAACGGUACCAGCCUGGUGGGGUUGCCCCUGGCUUCCUGCCAGGGCAUCAUACAGGUGAGCGACGGCGGAGGAGGAGACUCCUUUUCCUUCCCAGGGCUGGUGGGACGCAGAGCACCAGCUGGGGUACGCCGAAGGGAAGAAGGCUCAGAGUCUGGGAAGCAGUGGUGGGACGAUGAUACGUGGUGAUACGCCCAUAGCUGUCAACCGUCCCAUAUUUGGCGGGAAACUCCCUUAUCCCAGCGCCGUGUCCCGCUGCUGUCCCAGAUUGACGAUGUCCCUUCAAUUUCCCGGGUUUCAAAGGAAGCAGCUCCUCUCCCUCCCUCCCUGCCGGCCAGGGAGGAGGGAGGCUCCAACUGUGUUGCUUGGCUGCGUUGCUCACCCCAUAAGGAGUCUAAGAACGACUGGGGGGUGGAGCUUGCAUGCCUUGUGCCGAUCAAAUCGGCCGCGUUGCCUGGGGACUCGCCUUUGCUCAGCGCUUCCCAGCGGAGAGGUGACGGUGGUUUUCCUUGCUGCGUCCCCUUUGCCGGGUUGCUGCGCUGUGGGAACCACCGCUUGAGACUUCGUUUGGCUGCUGGCUGGGCUUUCUGCCUUUGGCUCGGAGGGGCUCAGAAGUCGAACAUACCUGUGCUUGGAAAAUCCCUUAUUUUGGCUGCUGAUCCAUUAUUUUCGAGGCUGCUGGUCCCUUAUUUUCAAAUCUGUAAGUUGACAGCUACGGAUACGUGUGGUUUAAACCACUGAGUCUCUUGGGCUUGCCGAUCGGAAGGUCGGCGGUUCGAAUCCCCGCGACGAUGUGAGCUCCCAUUGCUCAGUCCCUGCUCCUGCCAACCUAGCAGUUCAAAAGCACACCAGUGCAAGUAGAUAAAUAGGUACCACUGUAAGCCAGCUCCUCAAAUUUCCGUGCUCUCCCUUCCCAGGAUUUGAAAAGCCAGACUGUGGUGACCCUCAGCGUGGUCCACUGCCCGCCCGUCACCACCGCCAUUGUGCGGAGACCUGAUGCGAAAUACCCGCUGGGGUUCUGCGUGGAGAACGGCAUUGUGAGUAACUUAGGUGGCUCGAGCGAGCGAGCCAGGCUGCGUGGUGAAAAGUUUUGCGGGGUGUUUUUUGGAGGGUAGGCGGGGAUUGGAGUGAAUUUAAAUAACAAAGGAAAUUUGCAAAUGGGGCUGCGUUAAGACCUUUGGAGGCACAUAAGACUGGAAAGAUUUGCAUAAAUAUGCAUAGAUGCAUAUUUCAUAUGUGCAUAUAUCAAAUAUGCAUAAAUAUAUGCAUAUAUAUAUGGGACGUGGGUGGCGCUGUGGGUUAAACCACAGAGCCUAGGACUUGCCGAUCAGAAGGUCGGCGGUUCGAAUCCCCGCAAUGACGGGGUGAGCUCCCGUUGCUCGGUCCCUGCUCCUGCCAACCUAGCAGUUCGAAAGCACGUCAAAGUGCAAGUAGAUAAAUAGGUACCGCUCCGGCGGGAAGGUAAACGGCGUUUCCCUGCACUGCUCUGGUUCGCCAGAAUCGGCUUAGUCCUGCUGGCCACAUGACCCGGAAGCUGUACGCCGGCUCCCUCGGCCAAUAAAGCGAGAUAAGCACCGCAACCCCAGAGUCGGCCACGACUGGACCUAAUGGUCAGGGGUCCCUUUACCUUUACCCAACUCUUAAACAGGGUCCCUCUGCCUUCUUCCUGCUCCAGAUCUGCAGCCUCAUGCGAGGGGGGAUCGCCGAGAGGGGCGGGAUCCGCGUGGGACACCGGAUCAUCGAGAUCAACGGGCAGAGCGUGGUCGCCAUGCCACACGAGAAGAUCAUCCAGAUCUUGACACAGGCGGUCAGCGAGGUGGGCAUCAAAGCAUCCCUCCUCAGCAAAGGAUUAUUUAUUGAGAUGCUGAAUUUGCAAGUACAGGAACGCCCCUUCUGAGAGGGAUGGGAAACUUUGACAAUCUACAGGGGUGUGGGGUUUUUUGUGGAAAUAGUAGUAGCAGUAGUAGUAAUAAUAAUGAUGAUGAUGAUGUUGGUGUUUAGUUGUUUAGUUGUGUCCGCCUCUUCGUGACCCCCUGGACCAGAGCACGCCAGGCCCUCCUGUCUUCCACUGCCUCCCGCAGUUUGGUCAAACUCAUGCUGGUAGCUUCGAGAACACUGUCCCACCAUCUCGUCCUCCGCCGUCCCCUUCUCCAAGCGCCCUCCAUCUUUCCCAACAUCAGGGUCUUUUCCAGGGAGUCUUCUCUUCUCAUGAGGUGGCCAAAGUCUUGGAGCCUCAGCUUCAGGAUCUGUCCUUCCAGUGAGCACUCAGGGCUGAUUUCCUUCAGAAUGGAGAGGUUUGAUCUUCUUGCAGUCCAUGGGACUCUCAAGAGUCUCCUCCAGCACCAGAACUCAAAAGCAUCCAUUCUUCGGCCAUCAGUCCAGCUCUCACUUCCAUACAUCACUACUGGGAAAACCAGAGCUUUAACUAUACAGAUCUUUGUUGGCAAGGUGAUGUCUCUGCUUUUUAAGAUGCUGUCUAGGUUUGUCAUUGCUUUUCUCCCAAGAAGCAGGCGUCUUUUAAUUUUGUGGCUGCUGUCACCAUCUGCAGUGAUACCAGCAUGAGUCUGACCAAACUGCGGGAGGCAGUGGAAGACAGGAGGGCCUGGCGUGCUCUGGUCCAGGGUGUCACGAAGAGUCGGACAUGAUUAAACGACUAAACAACAACAACAACAUUAGCAAAGUCAACUUUUUUUGUUAGGCAGGACUUGCUGAAUACACUGGGGAACAAUUUUUUUGUUGCAUUGACACCUGCAGUCGUUCUAACCUAAUUUCGACGUGCUGAUUUCACAUCUGAAGUUGGUUUUGUUCUGUAAGCUCUAGUUGGUUUUUUUUUUUUUUGCAAUUCAUGUUUUUCGCUUUUCACCGUAAUCUUUGUUUUUCACAGUGCAAGAAUUCAACAUUUUAUUAAACGCAUAGCCAAAGUAGUACAAUAGGAGGAUAAAUGUAAGUGACUUGCAUUUGAAAGCAGCAUUUGAAAGAACAUAUAAGAACGGCUGAAAAAUCUCACGCAACAGAAAAUGGCAAAAAAAUAUUGUUCCCCAGUGAUAAUCGCUUUAACGCAAACACCCCUUGUGUCUUUUUUAUUCCAGGUUCACAUCAAAACCAUGCCGGCAUCAACUUACCGUCUUCUGACCGGACAGGAACAACCCGUUUUCCUAUGAAGGGAGGUGUUUUCUUGGGGCGGCGGCAAAUCUACACCUGUUUAACAAGUUGCAUGCAACCCCUUCUCGCUUCGCAAACCAGACUUUUUGUGCACCAAAAAGGCGUCUUCUCUGAAUUCAGACCUGCCUGCCUCUCAACGGACUUUUUCUCCACCCGGAAUCACAGGAAAAAAAGGUUUUAUUUUGCUUUAACUGGGAGCGUGUGUUUGUGUGCAGUUAAUUUUUUGGGUGCUGGUAAAUUGUCCAUCUUCAAGCGUUGCCCUGCGGUUUCGGAGAUGUGGGUUUUUGUGUGUGUGUGUGUGGAAUUGUUUUCUGGGUUUGGGACAUGGGAAGCCGCUAAGAAGCCGUGGGAGAAAGGCUGUACCCCACCACGCUGCUGGUGGAUAAAUAAUUUUAAAUAUAUUGAAAUAAAUGCUGCCAUUGUGUUAAAAUUUGCAUGUCCUGGAAAUAAGGGGAAAGAGCAUAGCGGCGAAGGGAUUACGCAGGAACUGUUUUUUACUUGAGGGGCUGGAUUUCCUGAUUGCAUGGAAACAAUUUUUUCCUUGAGGUGCUAGAUUUCUCCUUGCAGGGAGGUUGGGUUAUAUAUUAUAAAGAAACAAAAUUCUUUGCAGUGGGACAGUCUACACCCACCUCACUGCUCUACCGUCUUUCUAGAAUAGACCAGAUAUCUCCACCUCUCUCUCUCACACACACACACUCAGUCCUGCAGUGUGUUAAAAACUUCGGCGGCUGGUCUUUGCAACUAGAAACAGGCCUAAAGCAAAACUUGCAGCAGGCGUCCAUCCACAAACCUUUCAGUAAGCGGUGGGGAACGUGCCGCCUUGCUGAUCGUCAGCCGAAAUACUAAAAAACAAAUAUGUCUGGACCGAUUUAUCACUUCACAAGGAUGUGAGCGAAUGCAAAAAUCUGCAUUUCCUGCAGUCAGAAAUCCAGCAUCUCAGGGUAAAAGGUUAGGGCAGAGCCUAACCUGGCAGUUUGUAUUUUUAUUUUUUAGAAAAACCUUUAGGGUGAGCACAUGGGAAAUACCGUAUUUUUUGCUCUCUAAGGCUCGCUUUUUCCCUCCUAAAAAGUAAGGGGAAAUGUGUGUGCGUCUUAUGGAGCGAAUGCAGGCUGCGUAGCUAUCCCAGAAGCCAGAACAGCAAGA